GCAUCGAGUCCCUAGUAGCGUUUUUUUUUUUUUUGUUUUGUUGGGGUUGGUGUGUUAUCUUCACCGAAUGUCACAACGUCAUUUAACGUAUUCCUUAUUUUAGUUUGUAUUUUGUUGGAGAUUGUGCUAGUUACCGGUAUGGAUUUUAUCGGCCACACAUAUAUAUUAUAAACUUCCCGACGCUAACAUGUUUGGACGGUCUAGGAGCUGGGUCGGAGCAGGGCAAGGGAAAUCUAAAAGCAUUCACUCUCUGGACCACCUGAAAUACAUGUACCAUGUCCUGACAAAGAAUACCGCAGUGACGGAUCAUAACCGGAACCUCCUCGUCGAGACCAUCCGGUCCAUAACGGAGAUUCUGAUCUGGGGCGAUCAGAAUGACAGCUCGGUGUUCGACUUCUUUUUGGAGAAGAACAUGUUCGCUUUCUUUCUGAACAUCCUCCGGCAGAAGUCUGGCCGCUACGUUUGUGUGCAGCUCCUGCAAACACUGAACAUCCUGUUUGAAAACAUCAGCCACGAGACGUCUCUCUAUUAUCUGCUGUCCAACAACCACGUCAAUUCCAUUAUCGUGCACAAAUUUGACUUUUCUGACGAGGAGAUCAUGGCAUACUACAUCUCCUUCCUGAAGACACUGUCCCUGAAAAUGAACAACCACACUGUGCAUUUCUUUUAUAAUGAGCACAGUAAUGAUUUUGCCCUGUACACCGAGGCCAUUAAGUUUUUCAACCACUCGGAGAGCAUGGUCCGGAUUGCAGUCAGGACCAUCACCCUUAACGUGUACAAAGUGGACAACCAGCUCAUGCUGCACUAUAUCAGAGACAAGACAGCUGUACCCUACUUCUCCAACCUGGUCUGGUUCAUAGGAAGCCAUGUGAUUGAGCUGGAUAACUGUGUGCAGACAGAUGAAGAGCACAGAAACCGUGGCAAGCUCAGUGACUUGGUGGCAGAGCACCUGGAUCACCUGCACUAUCUCAAUGAUAUCCUGAUCAUAAACUGUGAAUUCCUCAAUGACGUGCUGACAGACCACCUGCUCAACAGGCUCUUUCUGCCCCUUUAUGUUUACUCCUUGGUGAACCACGAGCAGGCCAAGCUUCUCCCUUUGGUAUCCAGACACGGUACCUGCCCUUAUCUCCAUGUUUCAACAAAACAACUGCUACAGAGUGGAGAUCGCCCAAGGAUCAGCUCUCAGGUGUCCCUUUACCUCCUUUCACAGGUGUUUCUUAUAAUCCACUAUGCUCCGCUGGUGAACUCCUUGGCAGAUGUUAUUCUGAACGGAGAUCUCUCUGUGUUUUCCCUGCAAGCUCAGCAAGAUGUGCAGAAAAGCUGUACGAACAUGAGCGUCCGGUGCUUCACGAAGCCUGCAGAGAGCUUGGAAAGAUCCUUGGAAAUAAACCGUCAAAGAGGAAGAAAGAAGGUGCAGAAAAGACCCAACUAUAAGAAUGUGGGGGAGGAAGAGGAAGAGGAGAAAGGGCCCGAGGAGGCCCAGGAAGACUCAGACAAGGCUAAAGGUACAGAGGCUAGUUCAAAAGGCAACAAGACAAGUGGGGACAACGAAGAAAUAGAGAUGGUGAUAAUGGAGAGGUGUAAGAUUUCCCAGAUAUCUGGGUUGACGGAACAGAACACGACGGAUGAGGAGAAGACAGCAGCGGCUGCAGGUGCUGGGAUCGAGGCCCAGAAGAGCAGACCCUUUCUGGAUAUGGUUUAUAAUGCACUGGACUGCUCAGCGGACGACUACUAUGCCCUCUUUGUCCUCUGUCUCCUCUACGCCAUGUCCCACAGUAAAGGUAUCACCUCACAGCUGCUGGAGAAGAUCCAGCUCCCGGCACAGCAGGCAGAGAGGAGCUCGUACAGCCACGUGCUGGCAGAGCGGCUCAUCAGGAUCGUGAACCAGGCAGCACAGCCAGAUGGGAAGAUUCGCUUGGCUACCCUGGAAUUGAGCUGCCUCUUGCUGAAGCAGCUGGUGCAGUCCAGUAGUGACGGCAUCAUUAAAGACGUGCACCUCGCCUGCUUGGAGGGGGCCAAAGAGGAGAGUAUUCACCUGCUGCGUCGCUUUUAUAAGGGAGACGAAAUUUUCCUGGAUAUGUUUGAAGAUGAACACAGGAGUAUGACGAGUAAACCGUUGAAUGUGGAGUACUUGAUGAUGGACGCCUCCAUCCUUCUUCCCCCCACGGGCACCCCUUUGACAGGGAUUGACUUUGUGAAGAGACUGCCCUGUGGAGACGUGGAGAGGACCAGGAGGGCAAUCCGGGUGUUCUUCAUGCUGCGCUCCCUGUCGCUGCAUUUGAGGGCCGAGCCUGAGACUCAGCUUCCACUGACCAGAGAGGAGGACCUGAUCCAAACCGACGACGUGCUGGACCUGAAUAACAGCGACCUGAUCGCCUGCAUGGUGGUCUGGAAGGACGGGGGGCAGGCCCAGCGCUUCCUGGCUGUGGACCUGUACCAGAUGAGCCUGGUGGAACCCGAGACCAAGCGCCUGGGCUGGGGGGUCGUCAAGUUUGCCGGCCUGCUUCAGGACAUGCAGGUGACGGGGGUGGAGGACGACAGCCGGGCCCUGAACAUCAUCAUCCACAAGCCCACCUCGAACCCGCAUGCCAAGCCCUUCCCCAUCCUGCAGGCCAACUUCAUCUUCGCCGACCACAUCCGUUGUAUCAUAGCCAAGCAGCGGUUGGCCAAGGGGCGCAUCCAGGCACGACGCACCAAAAUGCAGAGGAUAGCCGUGCUGCUGGACCUCCCUGUCCAGCCCUCGGCAGAUGUCCUGGGUUUCUCUCGGAGCUCGGCGGCCUCGUCUCAGCACCUGCCCUUCCGCUUCUACGAACAAUCCCGCCGCGGGCUGAGCGACUCCACCGUGCAGCGCUCCGUCUUCGCCUCCGUGGACAAGGUCCCAGGAUUCGCGGUGGCCCAGUGUAUAAACCAGCACAGUCCCUCCCCGAUGCCAUCGCCCUCCUCUCUGUCCCAUGCGAGUGGGAGCACUGGGCACUGCGACUCUGUCACAGCCAGCACCAUCUCCACCCCCUCAGCCACGCAGAGCCCCUCCGGUCUGGCAGGAAAGGAAGACGACGAGUGUUUAGUCUGUCUGAUGCUGAGAGUCGCGGUGGACACUGGGUUUAGGUCUCCAAGCAAAUCCCAUCCAGGCACGUCCCUCUGUCACAUUCACAUAGAUGAGCCUGCCUUCCCCGACGCGGUCCAGUAUGUGGAUGAGACUGGCUCUGUGGUUCCUGCUCCCGGACGAGCCCUCGCCCCCAGCCUGACCCCCGCGCACCAGCCCACCAUCUCUCUGCUCUCCGACGACACGGACUCCCUGAGUGUGGAGUCCCUGACCCUCCUCCCUCCCACCGACCCCCAGCACAUCCACCGCAUCGGCUCCGAACCGGGGGGGAGCCUGGAGGAACCAGAUGAGCCCAAGGCAGCCAGAGUGGAGCUGUGACCUCAUCCAGAGCUGACCUGUUACAUCACACAGCGUCGAGCUGUGACCUCAUGCAGAGCUGACCUGUUACAUCACCCAGCGUCGAGCUGUGACCUCAUCCAGAGCUGACCUUUUACAUCACCCAGCGUCGAGCUGUGACCUCAUCCAGAGCUGACUUGUGACCCCACCCACCUCUCAGUGAUGCAGCAGCUCACUAGGACAGCCCCAUUCCUGGUCUCUGCGUUGUGUAAAUAUGGAGAAGGGGGGACCGUCAGUGUUGUGGCUUUUCUGCUUCUGUCUUUGUUUGCAUGGUUGCUAUCACACGAGAGACUGCUUUCAGAGACCUCCAGAGCUUAUAUGACAUGCGCUACAUCGUGGGAAGAUAAAGCACAUUGAGUUGUUCAUUUGCAGUCGUGGGGAGAUAUGUUUGGAUGUGUGAUGCUUGUAGGCAGGUAUGUAUGGAUGUGAGUGUGUGUCUGUAAGUUUUGCUAGGCAUCGAACCACCUUUGUCUCAAAAAUCUUUCAGUAAUUAAAAAGAAAUUAUGAAUGUAACAACAUGCCAAUUAAAAGUGAUUCUGGUGAAAUGCUUUACAACACUGUCGAGUUUCAGGUGAAGUGUAUUUGAGAGAUGUUGGUAAAAGCUGCUGUUCAAGGCGGGGGAGGCGAGGGGUAUUAUACCCCUGAUCAAAUGAAGCUUAUUAUUAAUUAUAUAUAUAUAUAUAUAUAUAUAUAUAUAUAUAUAUAUAUAUAUAUAUAUAUAUAUAUAUAUAUAUAUUGUUGUGGGUUUUCAACUUGUUUGCCCCAUUUGCAAAUCCUGUCAACAGUAUUACCUAUAUUUAAAAAAAAAAAAAAAAUCAUCAUUUCUCAUUAGUCAUUUUUUUUUUUAUGGUCUAAUCUGAUUCCAGUUUAAGAGCUGUGUUUUUUGUUUUUUCUCAGAACAAGGCACUACCUAAGGGCUACUUUGAUUAUUACAACAGUGACAGAAGAAAAUGCAUUGCUGCUCACUGUAUGCAAAUGAUUGUAGUCUUCCCAGGAAGUACAGCGAAUCAGUUUACACUGGUUACUAAAGAUCUUCAUGGAAGGCAUUUGAUUACUGCACAUCUUUUGAUAAUGUCAGAAUUGUGUUAAAUGGAAACUAGCUGUGGUAAUAUAUAUUUCAAAAGGAAAUGAACAAAUAACAUAGUGAAUAAUACUGCAUGGGUAACCAUCUACAGCCCUUGUGUGGUUUGUGUUUGCUGUUGUCAUCCCCCUAACUAGAAUAGAUUUUCUGUUAGUCUGUGUUUAAUUAGAGCUAAAACUGUGAGCAGGUUGCUGCUGUUUUUUUUUUUUUCACUGUAUAAAUGUCAGGCUUUCCCAUCCAUAAAUAAAUCUGUUUGGAAUGCAUUAAGUAAAAGUCAUAUCCUGUUUAGAUUUGUGUGAGAUACUGGCCCUUGUCGUGCAGUUCAUUGCAGCUGCUUUUUGACUGGAUAACAAUGAAGCCUUUCUCUGCAGUGUUUGAAAGUGUUUAUAGAUACAGCAUGGGUGUGUUUGAGGCGUACCAGAUCAGGAUGUUGCUGUGGCAGCUAUUGUAGCUGUUCUGCAUCAGGUAGAUAGAGCUGGGUAAUAACACCCUGCUCUUCAAUUGGAUCUGUUUUAAGGAGCUGUGUUGUCUUUCCCGAUAUUUAAUAAGAUUAUAAAACGUUUUUGUUUGGGUUUUUUUUAAUUUAAGAAAUGGCACACUGUACUGCAGGUUCCAGAAACAGUUUGCACUGUGCUGUUUGAAAAAAAAAGUGUCUCAGUGCAGAGGUGAAGCACAGCUGGAAAGGGAUCCUGUCUCAGUGCAGAGGUGAAGCACAGCUGGAAAGGAACGGGGGAAUCCUGUCUCGGAGGUCAGUUAAGGGUUUAGUAAGUUCUCUCACUCUGAGCCCCUCAGGUACUGCACGCACACCUGCAGCCUCUGUGUCAGCAGGUCUUCUUAUAUUAGUGCACAUGAACCGUUGUACAAAUCAAUAAAUGCAAAGCAAUACUUCAAACACAUUUUGUUUUGUGUGUACUGUAGGUGUCUGUAAAGCGAGGAUAAUACCUCCUGUGCUCAGUGCUGUUUCUGUCUUAUUUUCUGUAUGUGUUUUCACACUUUGUGUUUUAACUGUACAUGCAUUGGCAAUGGAAUGGAGGAUUUCAAUAAAAAAGAUUGUAUUGGAA